AUGCAACAAGUUGUCGUGGUUGGAGGAGAUGUUGUUGUGGUUGGAGCCGUGGUUGUUGUGGUGGGAGGAGAUGUUGUUGUGGUUGGAGCCGUGGUUGUCGUGGUUGGAGGAGAUGUUGUUGUGGUUGGAGCCGUGGUUGUCGUGGUUGGAGGAGAUGUUGUUGUGGUUGGAGCCGUGGUUGUUGUGGUUGGAGGAGAUGUUGUUGUGGUUGGAGCCGUGGUUGUCGUGGUUGGAGGAGAUGUUGUUGUGGUUGGAGCCGUGGUUGUCGUGGUUGGAGGAGAUGUUGUUGUGGUUGGAGCCGUGGUUGUUGUGGUUGUAGGAGAUGUUGUUGUGGUUGGAGCCGUGGUUGUCGUGGUUGGAGAUGUUGUUGUGGUUAGAGCCGUGGUUGUCGUGGUUGGAGGAGAUGUUGUUGUGGAUGGAGCCGUGGUUGUCGUGGUUGGAGGAGAUGUUGUUGUGGUUGGAGCUGUGGUUGUAGGAGAUGUUGUUGUGGUUGGAGCUGUGGUUGUCGUGGUUGGAGGAGAUGUUGUUGUGGUUGGAGCCGUGGUUGUCGUGGUUGGAGGAGAUGUUGUUGUGGUUGGAGCUGUGGUUGUUGUGGUUGGAGGAGAUGUUGUUGUGGUUGGAGCCGUGGUUGUUGUGGUUGGAGGAGAUGUUGUUGUGGUUGGAGCCGUGGUUGUCGUGGUUGGAGAUGUUGUUGUGGUUAGAGCCGUGGUUGUCGUGGUUGGAGGAGAUGUUGUUGUGGAUGGAGCCGUGGUUGUCGUGGGUGGAGGAGAUGUUGUUGUGGUUGGAGCUGUGGUUGUCGUGGUUGGAGGAGAUGUUGUUGUGGUUGGAGCCGUGGUUGGAGGAGAUGUUGUUGUGGAUGGAGCCGUGGUUGUUGUGGUUGGAGGAGAUGUUGUUGUGGUUGGAGCCGUGGUUGUCGUGGUUGGAGGAGAUGUUGUUGUGGUUGGAGCCGUGGUUGUCGUGGUUGGAGGAGAUGUUGUUGUGGUUGGAGCUGUGGUUGUCGUGGUUGGAGGAGAUGUUGUUGUGGUUGGAGCCGUGGUUGUUGUGGUUGGAGGAGAUGUUGUUGUGGUUGGAGCCGUGGUUGUUGUGGUUGGAGGAGAUGUUGUUGUGGUUGGAGCCGUGGUUGUCGUGGUUGGAGGAGAUGUUGUUGUGGUUGGAGCCGUGGUUGGAGGAGAUGUUGUUGUGGUUGGAGCCGUGGUUGUCUUGGUUGGAGGAGAUGUUGUUGUGGUUGGAGCCGUGGUUGUCGUGGUUGGAGAUGUUGUUGUGGUUGGAGCCGUGGUUGUUGUGGUUGGAGGAGAUGUUGUUGUGGUUGGAGCCGUGGUUGGAGGAGAUGUUGUUGUGGUUGGAGCCGUGGUUGUCGUGGUUGGAGGAGAUGUUGUUGUGGUUGGAGCUGUGGUUGUAGGAGAUGUUGUUGUGGUUGGAGCCGUGGUUGUCGUGGUUGGAGGAGAUGUUGUUGUGGUUGGAGCCGUGGUUGUUGUGGUUGGAGGAGAUGUCGUUGUGGUUGGAGCCGUGGUUGUCGUGGUUGGAGGAGAUGUUGUUGUGGUUGGAGCUGUGGUUGUCGUGGUUGGAGGAGAUGUUGUUGUGGUUGGAGCUGUGGUUGUCGUGGUUGGAGGAGAUGUUGUUGUGGUUGGAGCCGUGGUUGUCGUGGUUGGAGGAGAUGUUGUUGUGGUUGGAGCCGUGGUUGUCGUGGUUGGAGGAGAUGUUGUUGUGGUUGGAGCUGUGGUUGUUGUGGUUGGAGGAGAUGUUGUUGUGGUUGGAGCUGUGGUUGUUGUGGUUGGAGGAGAUGUUGUUGUGGUUGGAGCCGUGGUCGUUGUGGUUGGAGGAGCUGUAUUUGUAGUUGUUGGAGGAGCUGUGGUUGUUGUGGUUGGAGGAUCUGUAGUUGUCGUGGUUGGAGGAGCUGUGGUUGUUGUGGUUGGAGGAGUUGUAGUUGUUGUGGUUGGAGGAGCUGUAGUUGUCGUGGUUGGAGGAGCUGUAGUUGUUGUGGUUUGA